UAUUUCUAUUUUAUAUGUAUAUUUGAUACAUUUUCAAGUGGAAUCAGUGGUGUCCCAUUUCUAAGCGGCUUCUUCCCCUUGGCCCUCGGUUUUAAGGGGUAGGGGUGAACAAUAGGUAAGACAAGGGGAAGGGCUAAGUGUUGGAAUUGAGAUUCAGCCUAAAACGCAUAGGUAUUAAAAAAUUCCACUCCAGGUUUUCAGCCCACGGCUGACAAAAUUCAUGAUGUGCAAUACCACUGAUUUGGUAUCUGAUACUGGGUCAAAUUCAGGCUGGUAUCAGCGAUACCGAUUCGACACCGAUACUUUGUGCAAAUUCACAAAGACUCUGUAGUCUGGAACCAGUUAAUCUGAAGUUAAUGGCAUCUCAGAAAGCAACUGGAUUCGUGUGGGUUAAUUUAAACCAGAUUAGUAUAGUCCUGGUUUUAUUUAUGCCCUGCAUGCGAAACCGGGCCUUGACUGAUUUAUUUAUUUAGCGCCUCCACUUUAAUGGUUUCAAACUUGACAUGGACAACAAAUUAAAUAUGAAUUGAAUGUAGUGUGGAAAAUGUAUUUUAUUAAGUCUCAUAAAGUAAUGGAAUUGCAUACCCAGAGAGCAGCUGAGAAGUACACAAUCCAUUUAGAAACAAAUAACGCGCCACAUCCUGGGUUGCCAGUUCUGGUACAAAGAAAGCUUGGUUAGCCGAUUUUGUUUCACGAAGCCUAAGGGGGACGGCAGACCACUUACAUGGCAACACUCCACACAACAAAAACAAGGGACGUGAACACGCACUACAUACUGUAUGUAGUUUAUGUAACUUCAGUUAAUUAACAACAAGUAUGUGUUUGUUCAUCUUGGUCGGGUAGACAACGAGACUUUAAACCGCAGCGGCAACAAAUGGGCCGAUAAAGCCAAAGCUCUUUGUUAAACCCAAGUGGUUUAGGGGCAACGGGACGAUGCAUCGUGGUGGGGAUAAGGACUACCAGAUCUCUGCAAGAAAGAUGGCGACGUCCUUGCUCUUCCAGCUGUCGGCUCAUGAGCGGGAGCUGGAUUUGGUGUGUCUGGACCACAGCUACGCCAAACCGUGGAAUGCUCACCCCGAUGCCAGUAGCGCCCGUCCCACCAGAACGCUGUUUGUCACCCCUCGACGACAGCCUGAAGUUUUGCCAGACACUGAAGGUUUAAUAGAUGUGGAGACGGUCACACCCACACCGGUUCCUCUGUAUGAUAACAACAAAGCUCUGAGCGUGAUGAAGGAGUGCGAGCGACAUGUUCUAUUUGCUCGAACUGUAGCAGAUAGUCCGCCACCCCCUGAUGACUGGGAUGAGCACAUAAACAAGACGGCGUGGUCGGUCGCUCAGACCAAAUUGUUUAAUAAAGUUCUGAAAGCACUUCAAAUCGAGAGGCUAGCUCGCUUGGCCAAUGAAAAGGCGCCCAACGAGCCAAUAUUACGCAGGAUAGCUGUGGACAAAUGUGCCAGAAAGGUGCGGCAUGCAUUAGCAAGCGUUAACUGGGACACCAAGCUGACACAGUGGUUACAUACCAUUCUGAUUGAAUCGCUGAGUCUUGCCAUGCUUGCAGCCUACUUGGAUGUUCUGCAGACUCUGAAAAGCAAGUUGCCCUCACUCAUUGACAGAAUGUUGCUGCCGUCUGCAAAGACGGGUGCUCCCAGUGCUGAGGCCCUGUCAUUGUUACUGAAACGUCCCUGGGACCCAGCUGUUGGGGUUCUGUCCCAAAACAAACCAAGCAAGCUCCCUGGAUCACCGCUAAUCCUCAUUGCACCAUCAAGUCCAACAAAUCCGGCCCUGUCGACAUCCCGGCGAAUGAGAUUCUGGCAGUCGCAGCUUUCCUGUCUGGGAAAGGUCAUCCCCAUACACACUCAUGUCACCAGCGGUGCCAAUAUUGGCAUCACACAGUGUUUGGAGCAUAUGCUGGGAACUGUCAGGGCAAAGGUCAUUGAGGUUCACAGUCACUUCCCCCACAAACCCCUCAUCUUGGUUGGUUGGAAUGCCGGGGCGCUCAUUGCUUGUCAUGUGUCCCUUAUGGAGUAUCUGACCGCUGUGGUUUGUCUUGGCUUCCCCCUGCUGACAGUCAACGGUCCAAGAGGGGAUGUGGAUGACCCACUGCUGGACAUGAAGACUCCAGUGUUGUUUGUGGUCGGUCAAAACGCUCUGCAGUGUAGCGUCGAAGGAAUGGAGGAAUUCAGAGAGAAACUGAGGGCAGAUAACAGCAUGGUGGUGGUGGGAGGAGCUGAUGAUAAUAUCAGAAUCAGUUCUGCCAAAAUGAAAUCAGAGGGACUGACGCAGACAAUGGUUGACCGCUGCAUUCAGGAUGAGAUUGCAGACUUCUUGUCAGGCGUCCUCACAAGAGCAGAUAGCCAUAGCCAUGGCUCAGGGGAGACGAGAGACAUGGACACAGAGAAGAAGAGGAGGCCUCGACGAGAAGUCCCCUUUGACAUGGAGAGAGGACGACCUUCCUCACCCGCCCUGAGAGUCCCCAUCUCCCCAUCGGGGUCAGAGGAUUUGUCUAGUGUCUGCAGCAGUCCCACAUCAAGUCCAAAACCCAAGACUGGUCUUUCCCCCGCUCAGAAGUCCAGUCUGAUUACAGCCACACAGCUUUUGAAGACUCACAUGCAGCGCUCAGGCACAGUGCUCUCCCACAAGCAGGCCCAAGCUCAGUUUGCUGCAUUUAUGAAACAAAACAUGCUUGUGAGGAAAAACCUUCCUCCUGGUACUCCUCCUUGUAUUUUUGUGACAAGCGAUCAGAUGGAGGCGUUGGACAGAGAUGAACUGAGGCCUCGUGGCAAGAGAAGGCAAACACCAAGUCCUACACAGAGCAAAGCAUCAAAGCGGGCUAAGAUCAAGGUCACAAUUGUUUCCCAAAGCGAGUCAGCAGGGGGCAGCAUCAGUCCAGCUGCACAUGAAGUUGGUGUCUCUGGAAAGCCUCUCGCAUUAUCAAUGGGACAGACUGUGGUCGGAGCCAAGGAGCUCUCAGGACUUCUCACAGGCCAGCGGUCUGGUAGUCUCUCAGAGGUGUCUGGUGCCCUGUCUCCAGGCUCCAGCUCCUUCAACAGCGCGCAACCUUGCAUGGUGUCAGGGUCGUCCACACCAUUCCAGGUGCAAGCUCCGGCUACUGCCCAAGCACCUUCCGCAAGCAGUCUGCUCCAAGGCCUAAGUUUCAGUCUUCAGGAGAUCGUCACCAAAGCACCUAGCUUGCCCUCUGCAGAAGCCAACACAGGAAGCACACAGGUGUUCUGUGGCAAGCCCCAGGGUCAGGUCUUGAGCACCGUCUCAACCAGCAGCAGCACUCUUCUCCGCGCGGUGCCUGUGGUCACGACAGGGGGUAUAGCUAAAACCAACGCCAUCCACCAGCUCCUAACAAAUGGUGGACUGGCCAAGCUCGCCAGCAGUUUGCCAGGCUUGGCCCACAUCACCAACCAGACCGCCGGGCAGAAAGCCCCCGCAUCCAUAACAGUGAUGCUUCGAGGAGCACAGACGAGCAGAGUAGCAUCCCUCAGCCAAGCUGGUGAAGUGGAGACGCCUGCUCAGAACAAUGAGUGUCAGUGAUCAAGGUUUCCACCCCCAAACUGCUGACGUUCCCUAUAACGCAUGUGGGAUGUGCUCGUGGUUGGUGCAUAAGUCAUGCAGUUGUAGUGUCACUUGAGCUUCCAGGUGACAAGAUCAACUGCAAGAGACACAGGGCUGCACAAGUGGACAUUUGCGGUGUGAAAUCGCAAUCUAGAUGCAACAUAAAGCCUCUUACACGUCAUUUACUGUGUAGUAUGUUUAACUGUAGUGUCAGCUUGAAUCAGUGACGUGCAGUCAGGGAGGCAGAUGAGGCUCAUGAUGAAAAGUGCAAGAAUGAAUAAUAACAAACUAAAUAUUAAUAUUUGUCCAUUUAACUUUAUUAUACAUUUAUUUGUAUAUAUAUACUGUAUAUAUAUGAUUCCAAUCGUUUUUAACAUUUUCUUGAGUAAAAAUCUGCAGAUUUCCUGAUCAUUUACAGGACAGAAACCUAAGGUGAGGCCCCCAUGAGCGUGGCUUCUCGGCUUAGUGCACAAGCCCCAUCUACCUUCUUGAGUGCACACUGAGUUGGUUCAUGGCACCUGCCAGUUUCUGUUUGUCAGCAUGUCACCAAUAAUAUAAUGUUGCAGAAACAUUAUACGCAUGACUUUCUACAGCCUGUCUAAUGUCUUUAAUGUAAGUGAGAUGUAAUUAUUUGCAGUACCGCUGCAUCCUGAAGGGUUGCGGGCGUGACCUGGAAGGCGCUUGUCACUGACGUCCUUCCACAGAGGAAAAGCCAGCGGCUUUUUGUUUUGUUUUCGUUCUACUCGCACUAGCUAGCAGAAAAUUAAAUGCAUUCAAUAUAUUUUUAUGCGUUGCUGAAUGAAUGAAUGAAUUUCACCUCUAUUAUAUACUCAAACUCACCAGGAGGUCAUUAUCCUUUUUUUGGGGUUAUGCUCUUAAUGAGCAACCUGUAUUGACAUACCGUAAAAAAAACAACUCCAAAGGUGCCUCCCCAGCCAUGAACCUCACCGCACAUCACUGGCUUGAAUUACUGUAUAUGUCUUAUGAAUGUCAUUACCAGAGCAUUAUUUACCAAAUGAAAUCCAAGUUAGUCUUUACAGUGAUUACUGCUUAUUUGCUUAUAUGCUAUGAUAGACCAUUAACAUGAGCUUUAAUGCAUAGGUCAUUCCAAAUCAUGAUCAUAUUCAGUCCUCUGCAUUCAGUAUUUUCUCAUAAAGUGCCAUAUUAUUUUGUUUGAGCUGUCAUAAGUAAAAAAAAAAAAAAGCCAAUAA